CUUUUCGCCUGUCUCGCUUCCGCGUGGCGUUUUCGGCGUGGGUCUGCAGUGACUGGGGCGGCUCGGGACACAAAAUGGGGUUUGGGGAUUAUCCAGUCGAAUUUAACCCCAAAGUCCACGGGCCGUACGAUCCGGCACGGUGGUAUGGAAAACCCGACACGCCACUGAGCCAGGUGAAGUUGGGAGAGCUCGGAGGCUGGCUGGGCCGCCGUCAGAAGUCGCCCCAGGCCAUGACCGCCGCCAUCAGCCGAGGUCAGUGGGCAGGUCAAGGCCAGGUCACGCGGCGGAACGCCGGUGGUCCACGACUGAUGGCGUCUGUCAUACAUCCUCGGUCCCGUGGAAAUGUUCCCCGGACCAAUUUGAAGACGGUUCAUGUUCACACCGCUCAGAACUGCGUCAUUGGGGGCCUAACUGGCGCUGGCUGCACAAGUACGUGCACCCGAAGCGGUCGGGCCUGGCGCCGUUCCCUGCAGGUGAUCGUCGCCACGUCGUCGCUCUUCUACGUGCUGAACUACACCAAGAUCAAGGCUCACCGUCUCCACAAGUACCACUGGUAGCCUGCCGGACGCCGCCCGGUUGGAGUGUAGUGUCGGUCUGUUGAGUGCGUGCCCGACCGGUUCGGGCCGGGAGAAUA